UUGCAAAAAACACCUAGAAGCGACACUUUCUGCUUUAAAAAUCUUUCUUUCUCGCCGGAAUCCAAAACUUUCCGGCGAUUUCUUUACGAAGAUUUCAGUCUUUUAGUGGUCACUUCACUAUUUCCAUGGAGAUUUGGUGAAUUUCUUGGCCCUGUUAAUUCUUUUUAGCUCUCUCUCUUUCUCUCUGCAAGGAAAAACUGAUCAACAAAACACUCGAAGCUAGUUGGCGAAGGUUGGCCGUGGCGUGAUGGGAUUUUGCAUCUGUCCGCUGGAGACACCGGCAAGGUUGCUUUGGACUACCAGCUUCUUUCGCCACAAACUUAUGCUUUUCUAACUUACCUUCUAUACGUACACAUAUAACCUAUACACACACACACAAACGUUCUAUUAGUUUUCUUUUGUGUUCCACUUGCUGGUGGAAUUUCAACGGCAAAAUUUGCCGGAGAUCAUUCAGAGAGUGAAGAUGGAGUCUGGACGGCUUUUCUUUAAUCCUUCUUCUUGCAACGGGAACAUGCUGUUCCUUAGGAACUGUAAUCCCGUUUUCCGAGGUCCAAGAUCAUCAAUGUUGAACAUGGAGGAUACCUCCAAGAAGAGACCAUUUUUCAGCUCGCCGGAAGACUUGUUCGACGAAGAAUAUUAUGAGGAACAGUUGCCGGAGAAGAAGCGACGCCUCACUCUGGAGCAGGUGAAUCUGCUGGAGAAGAGUUUUCAGGAAGAGAACAAGCUGGAGCCCGAACGAAAGACUCAGCUGGCCAAGAAGCUGGGAUUACAGCCCAGGCAAGUGGCUAUAUGGUUCCAAAACCGCAGGGCUCGAUGGAAGACCAAGCAACUUGAGAGAGACUAUGAUCUUCUCAAAGCUUCUUAUGAUUCUCUUCUCUCUAAUUACGACACUGCUGUAAAGCAAAAUGAGAAGCUUAAAUCUGAGGUCGUUUCUUUGACUGAGAAGCUGGAAGCCAAAGACGUGACCGGAGCACUACCGCAGCAAAACUCUGACUCGCUUCAGGUGGAUAUAGCCAACGCAUGUGAUGUUCAAAUGGGUGUGAAGGUUGAGGACCGCCUGAGUUCAGGAAGCACCAGAAGUGCAGUGGUGGAUGAAGACAGUCCGCAGCUUUUGGACAGUGGGGAUUCUUUCUUUCAGAAUGAUAACUAUGGAGGAUGUGUAAUCGGAGGCCCAGGUGAUAGCGUGCAAUCAGAGGAGGAUGAUGGGAGUGAUGAUGUGUUUGUGACGGCCGGAGAUCAGCAGGAGGAAGAACCCUUGCCAUGGUGGGUGUGGUCAUAAUAAGAAGCUUCGUUAAACUUAAUAUUUUAACAUUGUUAAGAUAGGUGUAAUGCUAUAUUUCCAAUAGUUGCUUAGCUUGGAACAUAUAUAAAUGGAAGCCAGUUGGGUUGGGUGUGGCUGAAAUGCUUGAAAUUGAACUAAGGUUUAUAUUAAUGAAUAAAAUUUGAAGGUUUUUAAAUAUAA